UAUAAAUCCAAAUCCUUUUCAUCUUCUUCACUGCAAACACAGGAAGAAAAAGCACACUCUAAAAGCCAUGAACUUACGGCGCGGUUUUCCGUUGCUGUUUCAGCAAUACACCGCGCUUCUGAAGAAGAACCUCCUGCUCUCAUGGCGGAACAAGAGGGCGACCUUUCUCCAGCUCUUUUCCUCCUUCUUCUUCGUCUUUCUCAUCUUCUGCAUCCAGGAGGCCAUCCAGGCUCGCUACUCCACCUCCACCUCUUACAAGAGUGUCCCCGAUCCCAAACCCCUGGUCUCGCCUCCGAUUCCGCCCUGCGAGGACAAGUUCUAUACCAAGCUCCCUUGCUUUGACUUUCUGUGGAGCGGAAACGAGACCGCUGCGGCUCGGACCAUUGUGGAUGGCAUCAUGGCGAACAACCCUGGGAGGCCGAUUCCUUCAACUAAGGUUCAAUCAUUUCGGACACCAAGUGAUGUAGACACAUGGCUUGUUAAUAAUCCUAUGAGGUGCCCAGGAGCUUUGCAUUUUGUGCAAAGAAAUGCUACAAUAAUCAGCUACGGCAUACAGACUAAUUCAACUCCAGCUGCAGUGCGAGGGAAUUAUGAAGAUCCCACAUUUAAAUUUCAAAUACCACUUCAAAUUGCGGCAGAGCGUGAGAUCGCAAGAUUGCUGAUUGGAGAUUCAAACUUAAGCUGGGCUGUCGGGUUCAAGGAAUUCGCGCACCCUGCAGUGGAAAUUUUUUCUGCAGUGGCUACAGCAGGACCAACCUUUUUCCUUGCAGCCGCCAUGUUCGCUUUUGUUUUUAAUAUCAGUUCUUUGAUCACGGAGAAAGAGCUUAAACUUCGGCAGGCAAUGAGUAUGAUGGGUCUUUAUGAUUCUGCUUACUGGCUCUCGUGGCUCACGUGGGAGGGAAUUCUUACGCUUCUCUCCUCAGUAUUCUUAGUUCUCUUUGGGAUGCUCUUUCAGUUUGAUUUUUUCUUGAACAACAGUUUUGAAGUAGUGUUACUUGUUUUCUUUCUUUUCCAACUUAAUAUGAUUGGCUUUGCCUUCAUGUUGUCAGCCUUCAUUAGCAAAUCCUCUUCAUCCACAACAGUGGGUUUCUCCAUAUUUAUUGUUGGCUUCAUGACUCAGCUUGUUACAAUUUUUGGAUUUCCAUACAGUGACAACUUCUCUACCUCCUUAAGAGCAAUCUGGUCGUUAUUCCCACCUAAUCUUCUUGCUGCAGCUCUAAAUCUGCUUGCUGAAGCAACUUCAACCCCUCAAGAUGUUGGGAUUUCUUGGAGUAGACGUGCCAAGUGUGCACCAAACGAUACAGAAUGUGUAAUAACGAUUGAUGAUAUUUACAAAUGGCUGGUUGCUACAUUCUUACUAUGGUUCAUAUUGGCCAUCUACUUCGAUAACAUAAUCCCAAAUGCAUCUGGUGUGAGAAAAUCUGUGUUUUACUUUCUAAACCCUGGGUAUUGGACAGGAAGAGGUGGAAGCAAAGUGAGAGAGGGUGGGAUUUGUAGUUGCAUAGGUUCAGUUCCACAGCAAGAGCAUAUUACUCCAGAUGACGGAGAUGUCCUUGAAGAGGAAAACAGAGUAAAACAUCAAACACGGGAAGGUGUGGUUGAUACAGACGUUGCUGUUCAGAUCCGUGGUCUUGCAAAGUCAUAUCCUGGGACUAGGCAGUGUGGUUGUUGUAAAUGUAAGAAGACUCCAUCAUACCAUGCUGUUAGGGGCUUAUGGGUGAACUUUGCAAAGAAUCAGUUAUUUUGUCUUCUUGGACCUAAUGGGGCGGGGAAAACUACAACAAUUAACUGUUUAACUGGCAUUACACCAGUGACAGGAGGAGAUGCAUUGAUAUAUGGAAAUUCAGUCCGAAGCUCAGUUGGCAUGUCAGACAUUCAAAGAAUUAUAGGUGUUUGUCCCCAGUUUGAUAUCCUUUGGGAUGCAUUGUCUGGCCAAGAGCACCUCCACCUCUUUUCUUGUAUUAAAGGCAUACCCCCAGCUUCUAUAAGAGCGAUUACUCAGAAGUCAUUGGCAGAGGUGAGACUCACUGAGGCAGCAAAAAUUAGAGCAGGGAGUUACAGUGGAGGAAUGAAACGCCGCCUCAGUGUUGCAAUAGCUCUCAUUGGCGAUCCUAAGUUGGUCAUUUUGGAUGAACCGACAACUGGCAUGGAUCCAAUAACAAGGAGGCAUGUCUGGGACAUAAUAAAUGACGCAAAGAAAGGGCGUGCCAUUGUCCUAACAACGCAUUCAAUGGAAGAAGCCGACAUUUUGAGUGACCGCAUAGGAAUCAUGGCCAAGGGUAGGCUUCGCUGCAUUGGAACCUCAAUCAGGUUAAAGUCACAGUUUGGCACUGGUUUCAUUGCUAAUGUUAGCUUCUUGGGAAGAACAAAUGGACAAACUCCCCCGACUCAUGCUCUUUCCAAUGGGGCUGCAGUUUCUACAAUUCAUCACGAGGCUGUGAAGGAGUUCUUUAAAGAUCGAUUGGAUGUAGUACCAAAAGAGGAGAAUAAAGCCUUUUUGACUUUCGUGAUCCCUCAUGAUAGAGAGAGGCUUUUAACGAAAUUUUUCGAGAAUCUCGAAGAUAGAAAAGAAGAAUUUGGUAUAUCUGACAUCCAACUGGGUCUUACAACUCUGGAAGAAGUUUUCUUGAAUAUAGCAAGGCAGGCAGAGCUAGAGAGUGCUGCAGUUGAAGGGAGGUUGGAAACUCUGACUUUAACAUCCGGAGCCUCAGUUCAGAUACCUGUAGGAGCCAGGUUUGUGGGGAUUCCAGGAACAGAAUCUGAAGAGAAUCCAAGAGGAAUAAUGGUGGAAGUGUACUGGGAGCAAGAUGAUACCGGUGCCCUCUGCAUUUCUGGCCACUCAGCCGAGAUUCCAGUCCCUCCUAAUGUUCCAACAAUGCCUUCAGCACCCACUUCUGAAAGAAAUUUCUUUGGCCGGGCAGGAACAGUCCAUGGAGUUGUGAUCAAUCCCGAUCAAAUCGGUAUUACAAAUUAAUAUUGACGUGUGCAUAUACUUGAGUUGUUGUAUUUAUAAUGUUUUUGUGCAUUUUUUUUACAGUUAGUGAGCAUUACCAUUCAGUUAGAUAUAUCUUGUAUUUUGAAUACCUAAAAAACUUCUACAGGUUUUGGCUUUGUACCCAAAUCAUCCGAUGUUACAAA